CUGAGGCUCAAUAGCGUGGGCGGUGAGGAACCCAAAAGGAUGGCGCUCAUGCACCAAACAUUUUCUUCUCCUUCUUGUCCCCUCUUCUACCGUAAACCCCAUUUCUCCAAAACCCUAAUAAGAUUCUCUGCAACUCCCUCUAGUCCUGUUCCCACUCCUCCCUCUCACUCUUCAUCCCCCAUUUUCCUCCCUUUUCUCCAAGAACAAGACCGAACACUCCAACACCAACGACAGCAGAAGGAAGAAGAAGAAGACGAGGAUCCAAAUGACCCAAUUCUCAGAUUCUUCAAGUCUCGCACUUCAACCCAAGACCCCAGAUUCGAAUCCAAAUUCUCCCUCCAAAAGAAUCGCCGCCCUUCCUGGCGUCUCGCCUCCACCACUGACCCCGAAUCUGACGCCGAAUUCGAUGUCGAGGAGGAAAAAGAGCAAGUGGUUUCGGACCCAUGUACGUCACUCCAGGGCAUUUCUGGUGAAAUUCUUCAUUUUGCAAGGAAUUUGCCUGAGAAUUCAACGUUAGGGGAGGUUUUGGGGCCUUACGUGGGCAGAGUAGGUGAAAGAGAGUGUGUGGAAGUUUUGGGUUUGAUGUGUGAGGAGGGUCUUGUAAUCGGUUGUUUGUAUUUCUUUGAGUGGAUGGGGUUGCAGGAGCCGUCGCUCGUUACCGCUCGAGCCUGCUCGCUUUUGUUUCCGAUGUUGGGGAGAGCAGGCAUGGGUGACGACUUAAUGGUUUUGCUUAGGAAUCUACCGAAGACGAGGCAAUUCAGGGAUGUUCGUAUUUAUAAUUCAGCAAUUUCAGGCUUGUCGUCCUGUGGGAGGUAUGAUGAUGCUUGGAAGGUGUAUGACGAAAUGGAAACAAAUAAUAUCCGUCCAGAUCAUGUCACAUGUUCUAUUAUGAUUACAGUCAUGAGGAAAGAUGGGCAUAGUGCCAAAGAUGCUUGGGAGUUCUUUCAGAGAAUGAACAGGAAAGGAGUUGAAUGGAGUUCGGAAGUCUUGGGUGCUCUUAUAAAAUCGUUCUGUGAUGAGGGGCUGAAGAAUGAGGCCCUUAUAAUCCAAUCAGAGAUGGAGAAAAAAGGGAUCUCUUCAAAUGCUAUUGUGUAUAACACUCUGAUGGAUGCAUACGGUAAAUCAAACCGGGUUGAAGAAGCUGAAGGUCUCUUUGGUGAGAUGAAGGCAAAGGGUGUUAUACCUACAUCUUCCACCUAUAACAUUCUAAUGGAUGCAUACAGCCGAAGAAUGCAGCCCGAAAUCAUUGAGAAUUUACUGUUGGAGAUGCAGGAUAUGGGCUUGGAGCCAAAUGUCAAAUCAUAUACAUGCCUAAUUAGUGCAUAUGGUAGACAGAAGAAGAUGAGUGACAUGGCUGCAGAUGCAUUCUUGAGGAUGAAGAAAGUAGGUAUCAAACCCACUUCACAUUCUUAUACAGCUCUUAUCCAUGCAUAUUCAGUCAGUGGCUGGCAUGAGAAAGCUUAUACAUCAUUUGAGAACAUGAAAAGGGAAGGAAUAAAACCUUCCAUAGAAACUUAUACUGCUCUACUAGAUGCAUUUAGGCGUGCUGGUGAUACCCAAACACUGAUGAAAAUUUGGAAAUUGAUGCUCAGUGAUAAAAUUGAAGGGACACGGGUGACAUUCAACAUUCUUCUUGAUGGAUUUGCUAAACAAGGACACUACAUGGAAGCAAGAGAUGUGAUUUUUGAAUUUGGGAAGAUUGGUUUCCAACCAACAGUGAUGACAUAUAAUAUGCUGAUGAAUGCUUAUGCACGGGGAGGGCAACACUCAAGGUUGCCACAGCUAUUGAAAGAGAUGACGUCCCUCAAUCUAAAACCUGAUUCUAUUACUUAUUCAACAAUGAUCUAUGCUUAUGUUCGUGUUCGUGAUUUCAAGAGGGCAUUCUUUUAUCAUAAGCAGAUGGUGAAAAGUGGACAAGUACCAGAUUCCCAAUCUUAUCAGAAGCUGAGGUCAAUUUUAGAUCUAAAAGCUGCAACAAAGAAUAGGAAGGACAGGAGUGCUAUACUCGGGAUUGUUAAUAGCAACAUGGGUUUGUUGAAACCUAAGAAAGGAAAGAAAGACGAGUUCUGGAAGAACAAGAAGGGGCGAAGGAGAAUUCAAAGUUUUGCUCACGAUGGAUAGUGGUAUCACAAUUCUUGGAAUGUUAACAUCAUAAAAUGGAAGGUUCUGCAAAGUAAGACCCAAAUUGUUUUCCUCUGCUUCAUGGACAUCAAAUUUCAGGUUGUCAUUUAGUGGCUUGUAAUUUGUAUAAUAGUUUUUGGAUGGUUAUGAGACAGUUCUUCCAUAUCACGGAACUGUAGAUGCUGCUGAGAAAGGAAAGCAUACACCCACUUCAGCUUUAAUGAUGAAAACCUUCACAUGAACCUUAUCAUCAUUUCACAAACAAUAACAUUUGCUACGUUGAGUCUCUUUGCAAUACAUCACUUACACCACAAGAUUCAUGUCAAGAAAUGCUUCAUGACACGAACCAACGGAGAAGGCAACUGUAUGUGAGUUCCAUGUUGGUGCCACCACAUCAAACUCAAUCAAGCCUACCCUACCAGACUUGGAUUCUUUUGCCAUGGUACAACCUCAUUUGCACCGCCCCAAGUAUGGGGUUUCAUGCCCAAAAAGCCCAUUGUAUGGGAUAAGUUGAUGACUAGCAUUAUGGAUGAAUUGAAUGGUUUUUGUGAAUUUAAACAUAUAAAACUAUUAUACAUCAAGUACAUAUGGAACAUGUUAGCCAUUUCUUCCAUGUAUGGCUAAUUAAAUGCUUAGAAUAUAGUAUUAUUCUGUGGGCCUUUUGUUUGCUAACAAUGAAAUAGAUUACCAUUUCCUGCCGA